AUGGAUCUUCGGCCAAGACACAGACAAUCCUUUUCUGGCUUCACUCUAGCUGAGGUUGAGAAAAUGGAGCAUUUACAUAAGGAAUCUAGCGAACAGUCUUUGAAUGAGGAGUUUUAUAAGAAACUGGCAAGACUUUUCAAUCGUUCCAGUGGUCGUGCUGGAAAACCUGUUGUGAAGUGGACUGAGGUUCAAACUUGGUUUGAGGACAGGCAACGAAUCGGUCCCUCUAGAGAGACUUCAAGGGUUGCAGCUGAAACUGCUUCGAUACCUGAAGGUGAGAACGAUCAAGAUCUAUCUAGGCUGGAAUUUGAAGCGCUAUCAUCAAAAGAUGGGGCAUGGUAUGAUGUUGAAACAUUUUUAUCACACAGAUUUCUAAGUUCCGGUGAAGUUGAAUUUCUUGUGAUAUAUGUCGGUUUAGGAGCAGAGGAAGAUGAAUGGGUAAAUGUACGGAACUCCGUGCGAGAACGCUCCAUCCCUUUAGAGAAUUCAGAGUGCCAGAAAGUCAAUGUUGGAGAUCUUGUUGUGUGCUUCCAGGAGAGACAAGAUCAAGCAAGGUAUUAUGAUGCUCAUGUUUUAGAGAUUCAAAGAAAAUUGCAUGACAUAAGAGGUUGUAGAUGUAUUUUCUUGAUUCAGUACGACCAUGACAAGACAGAGGAGGAAGUCCGUCUGAGGAGAUUAUGUUGCCGACCAAGUAUGCUAGUAGAAUUAGAGAAGGAUUAG